UCUGCAUUCAGGGGCAUGUACCGAUGGAUGUCUGCCAGGUUUUCAUGGAUCUAAAUGUCAAGGUAAUUGCUUUUUAAAAUUAUAGUAUUAUUAUUAUUAAUUGUGUGCUGGAAAAAAAUUAGGAGUUGCUUUAAAAAAUAACGUUCUUGCAAAACUGUGAACAAAAUUAACAAAGGCGUUGUAACGUACACGACACGAAAACAGCAGUCGUGUGGACCAGUGACCUAUUUACAGCAACCAAAAAAAAACAAUACACACAUUUUAAAAUAUAUAAAAGAUGAAAAAAUAAGAAACAAUUGCUCCUAGCAAGUAAGAAUAGGAAACAUUAAGCUUACUGAGCUCAUAGAGACAUCCAAGUCACUGAGAUAUAGCGUCUAAACAUCUAAAUAAUUGCUCUGAACUUGUAAAAAUAUAUUCUUUAACGGAUUUAAAAAAAUGUUUUGUUAAACCUACUUUUUCAACACGACUAGGUUUCAUCCAGAGCCACCAUGUGACUUUUGGAGGCCUCCUGCUUCAGUUUUGACCUGCAUUCAAAGUUGAAAAGUUUAUGAUUUUUUUUCGACAUCACUUAAUACUUUGGGCCCCUUAAAUCUCUUACCCCCCCCCCCCCCCAGCAGACGUAAAGGUGACAUGGCCAACGCAACGGCUCUGGUUUCAUCCGGCACAUCAUCAGUAUCGGAGGCCAAUCUAACAAAGUAUUGCCAAUCUAAUAACGUCACAUUGCAGAUGGCGUCGGUGGGUCGUCGAGCGCGAGCUCUUAAUACCCCCCCCCAACCCGGCACACCUCCCACCUGGCCUGGGAACGUCCGGUCGACCGAAAACGCUGCGUUUAAAGCGUUUGCGGUCCACUCUCCUUGGGUCAGGAUGGCUUUGCUUCCACUCCGGGGGAAAGGUGUUGUGUUACCUCCCCCCACCAUCCAGGGAGUCUUUCGGUCGGGACGAAAGCUGGGACGAAACCUGUCGCAUAGGAGCGGCUUUCUCGGGGCCUCGUAUUUAAAAUCAUCGAUGCAAUCUAAUAAAAUAUUCGAUAUCAUAUAAUAUCAAUCUAAUAAAGUAUCGGAUGUCAAUCUAAUAAAGUAUCGGAGGCCAAUCUCAUAAAAUAUUAGAGGAUAAUCUAAUAAAUAUCGGAUGCCAAUCUAUAAAGUAUCGGGUGUCAAUCUAAUCAAGUAUCGGAGGCCAAUCUAAUCAAGUAUCGAUGGCUAAUCUAAUAAAGUAUCGGAUGUCAAUCUAAUAAAGUAUCGGAUGUCAAUCUAAUCAAGAAUGACGGCUAAUCUAAUAAAUUAUCUGAUGCUAAUCUAAUCAAGUAUUAGAUUUCAAUCUAAUAAAAUAUCGGACACAAAUCUAAUAAGCAUCGGAGGCUAAUCUAAUCAAGUAUCGAUACUUAAUCUAAUAAAGUAUCUGAUGCUCAUCUAAUAAAGUAUUAGAUUUCAAUCUAAUAUGUUAAUGGGAUGCCAAUAUAAUAAAGUAUCGGAGGGCAAUCUAAUAAAGUAUUAAAUGUCAAUCUAAUAAAAUAUCGGAGGCAAAUCUAAUAAAGUAUCGGAGGAUAAUCUAAUAGCAAUGCUUCCAUAUUAUGGUUCAAUGCAGUAAUUUUUCUUUUAAUCAUUCUGCAUUAGGAUAAUCUCAUCAUCAGAUAUUAUUCUCGCUUAUAGUAAAUUUCCUUUAUACUAAAUUAAACAUAAUUAAGUUGUUUGUGUGUGUGGGGGGGGGGAGGGAGUAUGCUAUCUCAACUUUUAUGAUAUGAAUAAUUUCCAAGAAAGACGCCAAAAUUAAAGUCAGAUAAAUCUCCUCUCGCUGCAUCCCAUCGUGAUCUAGCUUGUCCGGGAAACUGUGUUGGCGGCAUGUGCUUCAAUGACACCGGGCAUUGUCAAUUUGGAUGUAAAAAUGGAUAUUUUGGUGACAUGUGUGAUUCAGGUAGAAGUUAUAAAAUGAUUUUUUUUUUUUGUGUUUUGUUGAAAAAUAAUGCUUAAGUUUAUUUUGUAAUUGUAACAGAAACAAUUGUAUAGAAACAGUUAUGAUCAAUUUUAAUUGAAGUUUUCUUUAAGGAAUAUCUACAAAUACGGCCCCCCCCCCUCUUUUUACCUUUGCUUCUCUUCCUACCGCCCGUGUAAAACAUAAUAUCAUGUGUCGGUUUAACAUCCACAUUCUCUUAUACAUGAGUAUUCAGUAUGUUAACAUCCACAUUCUUAUAUAUAUCUGUAUGUUAACAUCACCACCCUCUUAAACAUCAGUAUGUUAUCAUCCACUUUCUCUUAUAUAACAAUAUUAUAAUCAAUACAAUAGUGUUACAUGCUCAUAUACAUAAACUUUUUAUUAACACAACAACCUUGUGAAUGUCUUGUGUAGCAUUCAAAAGUAUAUUGGAUAAACUUGGUAUUAGGAAAUAUUAUGUGCUACUUCUUUUAAAACUUACCAUUACAUUUCAUCAGGCCGUAGGUUUGGUUGUAAAAACGACAAUUACAAUCACAACACAGGGCUGUGUUUAGACGGCUGUAAGGAAGGUUAUUUCGGCGAGUAUUGCAAACGUAAGUCUUUUAAAAAAAUUAUGUUAUCUAUCAUUCGAAAGCGUGUUAUGAAACAUAAUUUCUUUGUAAUAAUGAAUCAUCAUUUUGUGUAAUAAUGAACUAUCAGUUUGACCUUAAGUUUGUUCCGUGAAGCCCAUGCAUGCAACAUCUUAUGACUAGUUUUGUAACAUCAGACAACAGCUUAGAUCGUGUUUUGUUACAUGCAGGCAUUAGUUCUGAAAUUAGACUUUCAGCGUAGUCUCAGAAAACUUUUUGUAUAAGAGUAUUCUCAAUUGCUCUAUUAAGAAAUAUGUAAUGUAAAAUUUCGAAUUUGACAGAACAAAAGAAAACAUAUUACAGUCACAUACAGGGAUGAAAAAAGUUAUACCGCCAUACAAAUUCAUGCCGCAUACAACUUUUGAACAUUCCCAAACUUAAUAAUUAAAAAUAGUACAGAAACAAAAACGUCAAACUUAAUCCUUAUUUUUCCACCUGUCCUGUUAUGAUUGAAAUAUUUUGAUCAUGAAUCUAAAAUGUAAGAAAGAGCUUCUGAAUAUCCACAAUGUACAUAUUCUACUCUGUAUGUCAUAUGAUUUUCACAGAUAAGUUAAAUAACAAUAAAUAUAUAUUUAUAAACUCCUAAUUUUGUUGAAUCUUGUUACUAGUUUUUCUUCUGUUUGCCCUAAUGUCUACCAUCCCAGGAUGUCCUUCUGCUUGUGACGGAGGUUUGUGUUCCAAUAAGACAGGACGGUGCGAAGGCUGCAUACCACGGACGUAUGGGCAUAACUGUGAUCAAGGUAAUUCAAAUAGACCGCACGUGAGGUCACAGCUUCUUCAAGUGUUUGAUCUUCGUAGUGGCACCGGUCCUACAUUCCUUGGUCUUUAUAGUAGCAAUGGUCUGACAUUCCUUGGUCUUUAUAGUAGUAACGGUCUGACAUUCCUUGGUCUUUAUAGUAGUAACGGUCUGACAUUCUUUGUUCUUUAUAAUAGUAACGGUCUGACAUUCCUUGGUCUUUAUAGUAGCAACCGUCUGACAUUCCUUGGUUGUUAUAGUAGUAACGGUCUGACAUUCCUUGGUAUUCGUAGUGGUACCGAUCUGAAAUUCCUUGGUAUUUCUCCAACGUCUGGAAAAUACGUUCGGUUUCACCGAUACCGUCCUGAAAUGGCUCCGCUUGUAUAUGACAAAGCGGGUCCAAUCAGUUAUCGCAAACGGCUUGAGCUCGACGCAAUCUGUCAUCGAAUUUGGAGUACCUCAGGGCUCGGUCCUAGGCCCAGUGCUUUUCACUAUGUACGUUCAGCCCCUGGGUGCAGUGAUCAAGCAGUUUGAUAUGCUAUAUCACAUGUUCGCAGAUGAUACCCAACUUCAGAUAUCUGUGACCCCCUCUCAGCUUCCUCAGCUUAUUAUUAUGACACAGAAGACAGUAGAGUAAGUUAAGCACUGGACGACUAUAAACAAGCUUAAAUUGAACGAUGAAAAGACCGAGCUGAUCCCCAUUGCAUAUAUAAAGGACUGACAGGCACGGAGAGAGACGGAGAUUCAGAUAGAUAUUUGUAAUUUUACGAGACAUGUAUUUUUUUUUUGUUCUUAUAUAUGUUUUUAUAUGUUUCUUUUGUUUUAUAAUUUUACUACUACUAAAUUAAAUUUUAUUAAUUGUAAUUGGUACUGUUUUCGGUGUCGUAUUUGUGUUAUAGUAUUUCUCUAUGGUACCGUCCUUUGUUAGGCACUGUUUGAAUGAGCCAUAAAAUUAAAAUAGGAAAUUAAUUUCUCUCACAAGAGAAGCCAGUGCGUAACAAACAUGCUUUGAAAGGCGAUUUUUCUAGAGCUGUGCAGGAUUAGCCAUAUCAGACCUUUCUUAACGUUAGAUGCAUCAAAGAGGCUGAUGUCUGCAUUCAUGCUAUCACGCAUGGACUACUGCAAUGCUCUCAUGGUAGGUCUUCCAGCUACGCUCCUGGAUAACAUUAAAAAAGCAUAGAACAAUUCGGCUCGCAUUUUUCUUCGAAAACGCAAAUUCGACCAUGUUAAACACUUCUGAGAUAGUUGCAUUGGCUGCCGGUCCGCGCUGGCAUAGAGUACAAAAUUGCAAUUCUGUGCUACCGCUGCUUGCAUGACCUGGCACCGUCCUAUCUCAAAGCACUACUGACGCCAUAUGUACCCACUAGACAACUGCGCUCAUCUGAUAGUGGCAAACUCUCGAUAUCACGUGUUCACCUUGAGACUUACGAUGGGCACACUUGCGGAUUUGAUGGCCCAACAAUUUGGAACACCCUUCCUAUCGCUCUCAGAAACAGCCAGACACUGGGGUUUUUAAAAGCGGAUUUGAAGACUAUUUAUCUAUUUUGAAAACACCUGCUGGGGUGAUGUUUUCUAUCUAGCUAUUAUCUUGUAGAUGUAUAUUGGCCUGUGUUGUUUAUGGUUGCAAGGUAUGAAAGUCUUAGAAUGGGUAUUCUCGUAUGUAGUUUUUGUAAUGUUGCAUUGUGUACUUCAAUGUUGACUUGGUACCGCACUUCGAGCCUUUUAGGAUGAAGCGUGAUUUACAAAUAAUCUUUAUUUAUUAUUAUUACUAAUAUUCCUUGGUGUUCAUAGUGGUAAAGAUCUAACAUUCCUUGGUGUUCAUAGUGGUACCGAUCUGACAUUCUUUGGUCUUUGCAGUGGAACUGGUCUGGCAUUCCUUGGUUAUCGGUUCACAGAAAGUAGACCCAAAGAUUUUCCAAAGUCAGUCUGACAUAAAUGUUCAGGUUUGUCAUGUGACUUGGGGGGGGGUCGAGUGGUGAGGGAGGCCAGGGGAUUGACAAGCUUUAAUAAAACAAGAUAACAUUAGAAGUUGUGAGUUUUUUCCCCCACUAGAAUGCAGUCCAGGAUGUGCUGAAGAUGGCGCGUGCAAUCAAGAUACAGGAGCUUGUAGCAAUGGAUGUAACCCAAAAUAUUUUGGGCAAUAUUGCAUUGGUAUUAAUUUUUAUAUAUAUCUUUUAUAUCCAUGUUGGAAUGAAACAUAUUUUUUUAAAUUUUUUGUUAUAUUUUAUCUCAGCUAAUUUUAGCAUCGCAUUUUACCGAUGUAUUUAAUAAUGUCCUAGCCUUUAUGUAAUGUAACAAUAAUGUGAAUUCCAGUCUAGAUUUCUUUUCCAAUUAAAAAAAUAAUAAUAUGACUUACGAGUCAGUUAAUUAGGUGAAUGUCCCAAUGAGAACUAUCUGAGGCUUUGAUGCCUUUUUGACGCAUAUCUAAUCGUUACAGCUACAGCUGUUAGUUCGACUCAGGCUGGCAAGGAAACAUGGACACUAUAUACCGUAUUUAUUGGCGUGUAACACGCACUUUUCUUCCUGAAAAUAGGGGGAAAAUGAUUUGUGUGUGUUGUACGCCGAAAUAAUGCUAAGUUUUUUUCCCUGAAAUUUCCUUCUUAAAAUGAGGUGUGUGUUAUACGCUUGUGCAUUUAUACGCCGAUAAAUACGGUAAAUAUAUAUUUAUAUAUAUAUAUAUAUAUAAAUAUAUAUUUACCGUAUUUAUCGGCGUAUAAAUGCACAAGCGUAUAACACACACCUCAUUUUAAGAAGGAAAUUUCAGGGAAAAAAACUUAGCAUUAUUUCGGCGUACAACACACACAAAUCAUUUUCCCCCUAUUUUCAGGAAGAAAAGUGCGUGUUACACGCCAAUAAAUACGGUAUAUAGUGUCCAUGUUUCCUUGCCAGCCUGAGUCGAACUAACAGCUGUAGCUGUAACGAUUAGAUAUGCGUCAAAAAGGCAUCAAAGCCUCAGAUAGUUCUCAUUGGGACAUUCACCUAAUUAACUGACUCGUAAGUCAUAUUAUUAUUUUUUUAAUUGGAAAAGAAAUCUAGACUGGNAGAGACACACCUACAUACCAAGAGACACACCUACAUACCAAGAGAAACACCUACAUACAAAGAGACACACCUACAUACAAAGAGACACAUCUGCAUACCAAGAGACACAUCUGCAUACCAAAAGACACACCUACAUACCAAGAGACACAUCUGCAUACAAAGAGACACACCUACAUACCAAGAGACACACCUACAUACCGAGAGACACACCUAAUACCAAGAGACACAUCUACAUACCAAUAGACACAUCUACAUACCAAGAGACACUCCUACAUACCAAGAGACACAUCUACAUACCAAGAGACACAUCUCCAUUCCAAGAGACACAUCUACAUACCACGAGACACAUCUACAUACCAAGAGACACACCUACAUACCAAGAGACACACCUACUUACUAAGAGACACAUCUACAUACAAAUAGACACACCUACAUCCUAAGAGACACACCUACAUACCAAGAGACACACCUACAUACCAAGAGACACACCUACAUACCAAGAGACACACCUACAUACCAAGAGAAACACCUACAUACAAAGAGACACACCUACAUACAAAGAGACACAUCUGCAUACCAAGAGACACAUCUGCAUACCAAAAGACACACCUACAUACCAAGAGACACAUCUACAUACCAAGAGACACACCUACAUACCAAGAGACACACCUACAUACCAAGAGACACACCUACAUACCAAGAGACACACCUACAUACCAAGAGACACACCUACAUACCAAGAGACACACCUACAUACCUAGAGACACACCUACAUACCAAGAGACACACCUACAUACCAAGAGAAACACCUACAUACAAAGAGACACACCUACAUACAAAGAGACACAUCUGCAUACCAAGAGACACAUCUGCAUACCAAAAGACACACCUACAUACCAAUAGACACAUCUACAUACCAAGAGACACACCUACAUACCAAGAGACACACCUACAUACCAAGAGACACACCUACAUACCAAUAGACACACCUACAUACCAAGAGACACACCUACAUACCAAGAGACACACCUACAUACCAAGAGACACACCUACAUACCAAAUGAACACCUAAAACUCAUCAACAGAUACCAACAAAUCGGAUAUUUAGUUUAUAAAUUAAAACAAAAACAUCAGUUAAUUUAUAUACAAUCUCCGAUUCUAAAUGUUAACUUUUCAGUAAAUGUCGGUGCAGUAGAAUUUCACUUGAAAAUGAAAUGAAGCGGUCUUAAUGGCUAACUGAUUGAAGAGAUUCAUAGUACACAAACACAAAAUGUCUUCAUUUAAAUAAUUGUUUUUAAAAUAAAAAGGUAUUAAAGUAACCGCUCUUGUAAAAAUUAAAACUCUCCCUUAUAUUUUUUUUUAAAAAUCUGGACAGCUUGCAGUCCCGGAUGUGGCGAUAGUGGAUCGUGCAGUUUCACGGGUGUAUGUGAGAGUCCUUGUAAAUCAAGCUACUAUGGUGAACGGUGUACUGGUAAGUAGUUUUUUUAAAAAAUCCUUUAUCUUAACUUCACUUUUGUGGGUGGCUGGCAGUGUGGCAGACUGGCUGGCUGGUUGCACGGUGGACUGGCUGGCUGUGUGGUGGACUAGCUGGCUGUGUGGUUGACUGACUGGCUGUGUGGCGGACUGGCUGGCUGGCUGUGUGGUGGACUGGCUCUGGAUGUGUGGCGGACUGGCUGGCUAGCUGUGAAGUGACUGGCUGGCCAUGUGUUGGGCAGGCUGGCUGUGUGGCCGAAUGGCUGGCUGUGUGGUGGACUGGCUGGCUGUGUGGUUGACUGACUGGCUGUGUGGUUGACUGACUAGCUGUGUGGUGGACUGGCUCUGGCUGUGUGCUUGACUGGCUGGCUGUGUGGUGGACUGGCUGUCUGUGUGGUUGACUGACUGGCUGUGUGGCGGUCUGGCUGACUAGCUGUGAAGUGACUCUGAAGUGACUGGCUGACCAUGUGGUGGGCAGGCUGGCUGUGUGGCAGCCUGGCUGGCUGGCUGUGUGGCGCAAUGGCUGGCUGUAACAAUCUUCGGACGGCUUAUAGUCCCACUUCCCGUAAACCUAUCGAGCUGAAACUUGGGACAUAGACGGGUUGCCAAUGCCAACACAGUCUUUCUCAUUUUCAGCCCAAACCCCAAACACCCAAAACCAGUUUUUCAAGGGGGGGGGGGCAUGAAGGAAAAUUUCCGAUGGCUGCACUAUAUUUACAUUAUUUUUUUUAAAUAUCGCAAGUGCGAUUGGUGCGUAAUAUUUUCUUUUGCUUUUCUGAAAUAGUUGGUGAACUAAAUCCGCGGUGUAAAAGUGGGUGGGUCAUUAGAAUAAAUUAAUGUAGUUCAGGGGCGUGAAAGAAAUGGGUGAGUGCGAACCUAAAAGGGUUGGUGUGGGGGUGCAACUAACUGGAAUUCUUAAAAAACUGCGCAUCUUGUACGCAUGUUUUGUCAACUUUUCGGCCCCCACACCCUAUUUCCCAAUAUUAAAUUUUGUAAUGGAUUUAUACCAAAAAUGUUGUUUUUAAGGGUUUGUUUUAUAAUCUAUUUUGUUCAACUGUGCCUUUAACUUUAACGCAAUGUAAAUGUUCUUAUAAACCAUUGUACAAUGCCUGAAUGAAAAUCUUAAAUUCAGAGCUUAGCUUUAUGUGUAUGUGCAAUCUAGCUUGCGAGCGUGUGUGUGCAUGCAUUCGUGUUUGUGUCUAUGUGUGUGUGUGUGUGUGUGUGUGUGGGGGGGGGUAUGUGUACAUGUGUGUGGAUGAGCCUGUGUCAAUAUCUGUAUGAGCAUGUAUAUGUGUGAGCGGGUGCGCGCGUGUGUCUGGUGUGCGUGUCAGAGUAAAAUAUAAUUAUGAUCUAGUUUCAGAAUUCAGAAAUAGAACACGUGUAAAUAACAAUAGAACAUUUUUAGUUAAUAACAAGAAUAUUUAAUAAUUUUAAAGGUGUUUACAAAAUCGUUAAGUACACACCAAAUGGUUGAUCAUAUGUCUGGCGUAAAAUACAAUUUAAGACGCUCAUAAAAUUCACCCCAAAAAAAUGAAUAACUCAGCUUGUAAUAAGGAUAUAAGGACUGUCUCGUUUGGUCUUGGAAAGCUUACACCCCCCACCCCUUUUUUUAAAAAAUCACUUCAGCUUCAUAACGCUCUCUCCACAAGACUUAUCUAAUAAAGGACCUAAAUAAUAAUGGCUCAUCAGUAUUUCAACACAAAUUAUGCUUUUGGAUGCUUCGCAUUCCUUGGCAGCAUAUUGAUACCUUGUCUGCAUAUUGAUAUCUUGACAGCAUAUUGAUACCUUGUCUGCAUAUUGAUAUCUUGACAGCAUAUUGAUACCUUGUCUGCAUAUUGAUAUCUUGACAGCAUAUUGAUACCUUGUCUGCAUAUUGAUAUCUUGACAGCAUAUUGAUACCUUGUCUGCAUAUUGAUACCUUGGCAGAUUAUUGAUACAUUGACAGAUUAUUGAUACAUUGACAGUAUUUUGAUACCUUGAUAUGAGACGGCAAUUUAUCUCGGAAAGGAAAACUCUGAAUUCUAACCUGGCGAUGGAGUCCCGCGGAAGACUUUGACAAAAUUAAAAUUUCGGCAACUCCUACGAAUCUCUGGUGCCAAGCCAUAUCAUCCACAUAUGAUGUUCCCUUCGGUUUCGCUAGGUGUGUGGAGAGAGGCAGUUUGCUGCCUAGGGGGGCAGCUUAUCCUCCUAAAGAACAAUCCCAGGCCUUGUGUUUCCGUCCUGCGAAGUUUACGCCAUCGUCAAAUUUUAUAUAUAAAUAUAAGUAAAUUAUUUUUUUUAAAUUUUCUGCAGUCUUUCAGUUUCGAUUUCGCCGUCUAGAAUCUCACGCCUGGAUAUUGACAUUAAUUAAAUCUUCUUUAGGGACUAAUUUCGUAGGACUUUACAAUUUUAGCCCAGGAUUCUUCGCUUAAUAAACUAAAUUAUUUUUGUUCAGCUUGUAGCAGUGGUUGUGCCUAUGAUGGAACAUGCACCCAAAGUACAGGAGUAUGUGACUGCAAGCCUAACCAUUAUGGCACUAAGUGUUUUGGUAAGUCAAAUGUUUCAAGCAUUGUUAGAUGUUCAGUCGUUGUUUAUGAUGGAAAUAUUAUGGGCACAGUCUGUGCAGUAGGCAGAAGAGUCGUUUGUCUUAGCAGACUAAGUUUUUACUUUAUAUCUGAUGGACAAUGUCUGUUCCUGUUUUAGUCGAUACCUGUAUUAUAGCGUAGUGUGGUCCAAAACAUGUGUUGAUUUUCCUAUGAAAAAAACCAAGCCCUUUCCUUUUGUGUUGCGCCAUCACACUGUAGCUUGUAGUGCUGGCUGUGACCAGGACGGUUCUUGUCAUGAAACUCUAGGAACGUGCGAGUACGGCUGCAAACAGGACUACUACGGCCCUAAGUGUAUUCGUAAGAAGCCGAUGUCCUAAAAAUAAAACUGUACAGUAUUUAAUUUAUGAAUUAACUUAAACCUGUUUGCUAUUGGGUGCACUGGUAUAAAAUCUUAACUUUAAAUCUAUAUUAUCAAACAGACAUAUGAUAAACAGUUAUAUUAUGAAAUAAAAAAUGCUAAACAUUUAUAUAAUGAAAUAGAAUUAUGCUAAACAUCUAUAAUAUGUACAAAUGAGCUGGAAAUCUAUAUUAAGGAGAAAAAAUGCUAGACAUCUAUAUUACCCAAUAGAAAUAUGUUAAACAUUUAUAUUAUGAAAUAAAAAUAUGCUCGACAUCUAUAUUAAUUUCCAAAUCAACUUGAUAACUCUUUGUUUUGUCACGGUCAGUCGGGUGUUCCACUUAAAAAACAUUGACCCCUGUUACGGGACGGUCUACAAUGGCUCCUAUCGUCUCCAAAACAGAAUCUUUCCUGAUAAUCGCUUGGUAGUUCCGUUAAUUUUAAAGCACAUCAAUUAUGCAAUGUGUGUUAGGCAUACCACUGAACGUUACAUUAUUUCUUGAUUGCCUACUUUCUCUUCAUUAUGCAUUAAGUCUGGCAAUAACUCUUUAUGACAAAACGACUUGAUAUUUUUUAAGCACGUUAAUUUGUCUUAAGCCAUUGAGAUCUUCCUUUCAAACUGCACUCAGCUUGCAGUCUAGGUUGUGCCGGGGAUGGCACUUGUGAUCCAGAAACCGGAGAAUGCCAACAUGGCUGCCAUCCCAACUAUCUCGGACCAAUGUGUAAAGGUGAGUACAUCGUACUUCUUGCUCAGUACUUUUUGCCGUGAGUCCUUCUAUGGCUCAGGUUUUCACAGUAAUUUUAUUCUCCCUCUUUCAUACGCACUUACACAUUUCCACUUGGGUCAAUGUUAAAUUGAGUUUAAAAAGUGUAAGCUAAACUUAACCCGUGAUCUCUGUUCCUGCAGCCUGCUCUGUGACAUGUGUGGACAACCAGUGUUCUGCAGAUACAGGAGAAUGUGAAAAGGGUUGCAUACCUGGGUUUUUUGGACAUUUUUGCGACAAAG